GACAUAAAGUGAUUUUGCAUACACGUGACUAGAGUAUAAAUACAGCGUGCCUACUACAAGAUACGUCUCCCAUUUCCCGUCCCCGAUUUACGUGCAUUACUUUCUUCACUACUCAUUCUCAACUUCAACUCGCCUUACAAUAUGAUUUCCGCUAUCUUCGACGGUGCUGCUCAUGUCACCGUCGCUGGGUGCCUCGGAGCAUUCUUUUUCAAACACACUGUGGUGGAUCGGACGUCCAAGGCCAUCAAAGAAGCGGAGAACGUCACCGCUGGCCUGGUCAUAACCGAAUUCUGUAUUUCUGUCGCGGUACUAGUUCUAGCUUCCGACGAGACCGCCCGGAUACUCCUCAGCAAAGAUGGUCAACCCCCUCCGAAGCACAAUUUAGCCGAGCUCAAUGCGCCUCUAAUUUGCAACAAAGUGUCCGAUUUCUCUACUGCAGCAGACUCAAUUUUAUCAAAUCCAAUCGCAACCGAACCAUGUAGCACUCCGCCAAUUGCAUCAAUCACAACCGAACCUUGCAGCACUCCGCCAGACCUAAUAAUUUCACUGAAUCCAAUUGCAGAUGACUCUUACUGCACUCCACCAUCUACUGCACGUUCUCCUUUGUGCACGCCGAUACCGCUGACUCCGCCGGUUCCGAACACGAAGCGCCUCUCAAUCGAUUCCGACACGACUGUCGUCGACCAUGAUGACUUCAUGAAGGACUUUUCUGGCGCGGAUCUUGAGGAAAGCAAUAUCCCCCAGGACGACAGCGACUGCUCCAGUGGCUACCUACUCCCAGGGACGAAAGCACCAACAAUCGAUGACUCGAGUGGACCCUCUCAGCGGACGCAAGUCCAGCCAAUCCUGGAGGAUGGAAAUCUGACGACCACCGACAUUUUGCUGCUCGGGGACGCUUCGACUCAAACGAUCGCGACGCCCUCUCUUGGCAGCAUCCUGCCUGAGAUUGUCUCGCCUCAGCUGAAACCCCCGGAUACAAAACGGCAUCAGAAUUUCCGCCCGGGAAAAUACAAGCGCGAAUCUCGAUCCGCUCGCUUGGCCGCUGUCUGUGGCAGCAUCGAACGCACUCGCUCCAAGCAACAAGAACACGCUACUGUGAUCAAUGACCUUGAACAACUACAUGACGAUCUCCUCACCGACCAAACCACUCUUGUCGACGGCUGGGCGGCUACCAUAGCCCAGCUUAGACUCACCUCUAUGCUGUCGCCUUCACCACUGCUUCUGGAUCAGAAGACGCCCGACCCAGGAAAUUCGAUCGAAGUCAUUCAAGACCCACAUCUUCACACACCAUGCUACUCCCGAGGUCCCCUACGACCAAACCCCGAAGAUCUGCAACGGCCUCCCUCGCUGUCUCCUACGACCUGGAGCUUCAUGCCCGCGAGGUUGAAGGCCAUCGCUGGCCGCGCACAAACUAUGUCUUCGCGCCGCCCGGUUAUACCUGCAGUCUUCGACGUCGGACGUCCCCUACGACCAAUCCCGACACAACCACAACUGCAGCAGCGUGACCGCUUCCAUCUUGUCUCAGAGCAUUUGGAGUUGAAGGCCACCGACCGCGGCUCGCACUUACAUCUAUCUCAAGUCUCUUCUCUUGUCUUCGCCAUCGUGUAAAUGGCCCUCGAUUUGUUUCUUUGUCUUUGCAUUUCAUUUCUCUUACCGGUAUCUACUUCGCAGAUCAUGGACUGCCUGUGACUUAUGGACACGUCUUCCUUUUAUCGAUAUGUACCUAGCAGACGUUGAACUGCUCAUUUCUUUUGUGACUUG